GGACACAGAUAACAGUAAGACCAUGGAGCUCAGUGAGGCCAGCGUGAAUGCUGUCAAAAUGAGUAAAGAGCGGAAGAAACUCAUCCGAAAACAAAUGAAAGCAUGCCAUAUUUUACUAAAACAUGACGGUAUUAGAACAGCAUCGCACGUCACUAAGAGUCUGGUGGUGGCUAACGGUGGGCUGGGGAAUGGGGUGAGCCGAGAGCAACUGUGUGCAGCCAUGAAGGAGAUGGGUGAGCUGGAGACCAUUAUCAUGUCUCCUCAUAAACCAUAUGCCUUUGCUACAUACAGUUCAGAGCAGAGUGCCCAGAAAGCUCAUGGCCUUCUCAAUGGACACCUGUUGCAUUGUGGAGACAACAGUGUGACACUCUACCUCAGCUUUGUUGAUUCAGUACCCUGUGAGGCAGAGGAGCAUGUGCCUCUCCCAGAAGGCCUCUCAUUGGUCGAGGACUUCGUCUCUUCAGAGGUAGAGGCUUUGCUGUUGGCAGCUGUCGAUUGGGUCACGUUUGAUGAUGACACAGCUCAGAAGGCUUUGAAACACAGACGAGUGAAGCAUUACGGUUAUGAGUUUCGCUACGACACAAACAAUGUGGAGAAAGACAAAGCUUUAUCGGUCGGCCUUCCUGAUGAGUGUGUGCCUAUACUGGAGAGAUGUUUGAAGGACGGACACAUCGGAGCCAUGCCAGACCAACUGACUGUCAAUCAAUACCAGCCAGGACAAGGUAUCCCCCCUCACGUUGACACUCACUCAGCCUUUGAAGACACCAUCCUCUCUCUGAGCCUUGGAUCCAAGACGGUGAUGGAGUUCCGUCAUCCAGACGGCCGCGUGGUGGCUGUGCUGUUGCCAGGGCGAAGCCUCCUGGUGAUGAAGGGGGAGAGCCGCCACCUCUGGAGCCACGGGAUCACGCCCAGGAAGUUUGACAUGGUGCCUGCCUGCGACCCCGAACCCCCUGCAGCGAUAACCCCUCACCUGGGAAAUCCAGGCAAUCUAACCCUGAGCAAGAGGGGCACCCGCACCUCGUUCACCUUCCGCAGGAUCAGGCGAUCGCCCUGCCAAUGUGCGUUUCCCUCCGCGUGUGACAGCCAGGGAGCUCCGUCCUCGCUUCCCUCGGCCCCAUCACUCCCGCGUUGCCAAGGCGAUGCGGCCCGCCUGGAGGAGGAGUACGUGCACCGCGUGUACGACGCCAUCGCCCCCCACUUCAGCGGCACGCGCCACUCGCCCUGGCCGCGAGUGUGUGACUUCCUGUCCUCCCUGGUGCCUGGCGCCGUGCUGGCCGACGUUGGCUGCGGAAACGGGAAGUACCUGGGAGUCAACCCGGAAGUAGUGGCGUUGGGUUGUGACCGUAGCAGUGCCCUGGUCCACAUCUGUGCAGAGAGGGGUUUUCAGGCGUUUGUGUCUGAUGCCCUCAACGUCCCCAUGCUCACUGCCUCAUGUGAUGCAUGCAUAUCUAUUGCUGUGAUACACCAUUUUUCCACACCGGAGCGUCGCCUGGCUGCAGUCAGGGAACUGAUGAGGCUGCUGAAGCCCGGAGGUCGGGCUCUCAUCUAUGUAUGGGCUCUUGAACAGGAAUACAACAAGCAGAGGUCAAAGUACCUCAAACACCAGAGCAGGGAACCUUCCGGAAGCCCAAACACUGCAGAGGGCCAAUCAGAGGGCAGCGCAUCACCCAAGAGGACUGUAAAUAGCCACGGCGACGUAGGCAUCACAAAUGUUGACAGACUAGAUAGAGAGGUCAGUGGCCCCGUAGAUCAGAGGCCAGGCGAGGACCAGGUGCACCACGGGAAACUGAGUGUCCACACCAACCGCACCGCUUUCAACUCCCAGGACUUGCUGGUUCCCUGGCAUCUGAAGGACGGGAAGGGCAAGGCGGGAAAGGGAAGGAAAGGAGGGAGAGAAGCUGGGAACCGUGACAUGAUAAGAGAAACGGCCUUGGCUGUUUCUAAAGAUAACCCCUCGAUCGCCGAAAAUAUCUUGCCUUCUAUCGGGCCUGCUUCAGACUGCAAGACUGAACCAACUGAUUCCAAUCAACGGAGCACACACCCAGACUCAAUGUCGGCUAAGGUUGCGACCCCUAAUGCUUGUCUGGAUUCCAGCCUGCCAUCCUCAACAAAGGAUACUGAUCAUGCAUGCAAAUCCUGUCCCGGUUUUGAAGCUGCUGCUACACCCGCUAUCCCAGAGUCCAGUACGGCGGCAGCUGUAUUCCACCGCUAUUACCAUGUCUUCCAGCAGGGAGAGAUUGAGAAGGUGUGUUGUCAGGUAGAUGGUGUCAGAGUUCAGACCAGCUACCAUGACCAGGGCAACUGGUGUGUGAUACUGGUGAAAGACUGAACAAAUGAAUACAAGAACAAGAACCGCUGCCCAACAAACGUAUGUUAUAAACAUAUGCCCCCCCUACACACUCACACAUAGAGCUUGGAUAAAAUGAUGAGCCAUGUGCCGCAGUUUUACAUGGCGUAUUAACUAUUAUUAAUAAUCCUCCUGCACAUAUGUGCCGAUUGGUUGAUUGAUCCUAAACAUGUUAUUAUGUUAAAAUUACGUGAACCCCAUAUCUAAUAAAUUUUUAAUUGUU